AUGACAACCAUUCACCACAAGCAGAUACUUCAGGAGCACGUGUCCAUGGAGUUCUCCAGCUCUACCACCCACAUGCAGACCUUCUCCAAGACAACCAAGAUCGUGGGAGAGGAAGUGGUGAGGAGGAAGUUCUCCAGCUCCACAGAGUUCUUCAGCUUGGUGACCCAAAGUUCAAACAUCUCUGCUGGCGAGAAUGUCCCGGAGUUCGUGGAGAAGCCUCAGCCGGUUGCCUCACCCGAGGGGGAUAAAGCCAUGUUCCGAGUCCGGGUGCAGGGGAACCCCAAACCCAAUGUUUUUGGGAGAGAGAAUGGCAUGCCCAUCAAGGACUCUGCCAAGAUCUUCUACAACAUCGUGAACAAGGAGCAUGUGUUGAAGCUGGAGUCACUGACCUUGGACGACUCUGACAACUACAAGUGCAUUGCAAGCAAUGACCACGCAGAUGCCAUCUACACUGUGUCCUUGCUGGUGACUGAGGGUCAAGAAAAAUUGGAUUUCAAAAAGAUGUUGAAGAAGAAUGGACCCCCUGCUCCCAAGAAGAAGCAGAAGAAGGUGACAGGUGAAAAAGAGAUGCUAGACUUUUCCAAGAUGCCCAAGAAGGACUUUGAGAAGGUCUGCAUGGAGUAUGGUUUCACCAACUUCUGGGGGCUGCUCAAGAAGCUCAAAGGGAUGAAGAAAGUGGAGGUAGAGGCCAUAUGAAUUCUGAAAUCCCUGGAAGACAGAACAGCCAAGGUGGACACCACGGUGGUCUCUGACUGCAUCAUGGAGCUAAAGGACCCCAAUGUCAAAAUGCCGUGGGUCAAGGAUAAUGAGCCACUGAGGAUCCGGUACUUCCUGGGGAAAUAUGAUGUGAAGCAGAUGGGCACCGAGUGCGUGCUGCCCAACAUGAGUGAUGCAAGUGCCUACAGCCUGGCUGUGGCCAACAGGCGGAUGGAUGCAGAGCUCAUGGUGCUGGAUAAGUCACUAAAGUUCUUGGGAGAGAUGAAGCCGGUGAAGGUGACAGAGUGCCACACAGCUGUGUUUGAGAUCCGCCUCUCUAGGAAAGUGCCCGACUUUGUGUGGAAGUUCAAUGGAAAGGAGCUGAAGAGGGAUGAAAAGUAUGAAAUCACAGCGUCUGAGGAUGGUCUGACCCACACGUAUAAGAUUCAGGAUGCCAGAUUCAGUGAUAGUGGUGAGUUCUCUGCCAAGCCAGGAGACCUGGUUCAGAAGACCCAGCUCACUACUGACCAUGAGUGCAUCCCUAUAAAAUUUGUAAGCACCCUCAAGGAUGUGCGUGUGAAAGAGAGUAGCUGUGCCUGCCUUGAGUGUGAGCUGACGUCCAAGGAUGUGACCUUGUACCGGAAGAAUGGGCAGCUGCUGGCGAGAAGCUCCAAGUACAGCAUGAACCAUGAGGGCAGGCGAGCAGGGCUGUUCACUGAGGAUGCACAGCUCACUGACAGUGGCAGGUACACCGUGGUGGCUCUGAAGGAUGGGGCUGAAUACUACAGCACUGCUGUGGUCACCAUGGAAGCCCUUUACACCUUCAGGGUCAAGGGUGCAGAGAGGGAAGCCUCGGUGUUUAUCGCAGAUCCGCCAAAAGUCCACCGGUCCGUCCUGGAGGCACUGGCCGCGCACCCGGUCACAGUGAAGGUGGGCCACACCGGGAACAUCAAGGUGCCCUUCCGAGCAAAGCCGCUGCCCAAAGUGACGUGGUACAAGGAAGGCAGGGAGAUGACAGAAGAGGAACGCGUGUCCAUGAAGCGUGGCGACGACCAGGCGCUGCUCACCAUUUCAAAGUGCAUGGGAGAGGACAGCGGCCUGAUCCUGCUCGGGCUCAAGAAUGACCAUGGCUCCGUCACAGCCACUCUGCACCUCAGCGUGCUGGACCAUCCCAAGCCUCCCCAGGGCCAGGUGGAGUUCCUGGAGCUCUUGGGUAAUUGUGUGCACAUGAAGUGGAAGGCCCCUAAGGACAACAGACAGUGGCUUAUAACACAGUUCAUAGAGGAACCGAGGGCAGUCGGCAAGAAGUCCUGGAUUAAGAUCGGGGAGGUGGGCAGCAAAGUCACCAAAUUCUCCACCAACAAGGUGGAAGCAGAGAAAGCCUACCAGUUUCCUAUCCUGGCUGUCAAUUCAGAAGGAGUGAGCUACUCCCCGGAGGCAGAGGAAGUAUUUUCAGGAAAUGCUAUUGGUCAAGCCUCUGGUCUUGCCUCCCAGGCUUAAGUGACUGACGUGACCAAUGAGGCCCUGGCCGUCACAUGGAAUGCCCCUACCCAAGAUGGGGGAGCCCCAGGGCUCCACUACGUUGUGGAGCAAAGGAAGAAAGGCAGUAACCUGUGGGUGCCAGUCAACAAGGACCCCAUCCACGGCACCAAGUACACUGUGGAUGAUGUCCUGGAGGACACAGAAUAUGAACUCCGAGUUGUAGCUGCGAAUAAGUCAGGCCCUGGACAUCGUAUGUCAUCCAACUCAGUGGUAGCCAAGCACCCAGUGAGUGACACCCCAGGCCUGGUGCAAGGCCUGCACAUGUCUGAUUCCUCCAACACCAGCAUCUCCCUGGCCUGGCGAGAGCCUGCAGGGGGAGACCCACCCUCUGGCUACCUCCUUGAGAUGCAGGCUGAAGACACCAUGGAGCGGUCCAGGUGCACAGAGAUCCCCAUCUCAGGCACCUGCUACACAGUGGGAGGCCUCACUGAGAGGCAGCAGUACUUCUUCCGAAUCCUGGUGGUGAACGAGGCUGCGGUUGGAGAGGCAGUGGAGCUGGAUGAGGGGGUCUGUGCCUUGCCAACACCAGAGGAGAGACGCAGAGAGGGCUGGGCUGCUCCCAAGUUUGACCUCAGUGCCCGGUUGAAGAGUCAUACGGUGGUUUGCGCUGGGACAGCCCUCUGCAUCCACGCCGCCUUCCCUGGCUCCCCACCACCCAUCGUGAUCUCGAAAGAUGGCGUCCCUACCAAGGGCCGGGAAAUUAUCACCAAGAGCAAAAACCACUCCCAGUUCCUCAUCAAGAGCACCAAGUGCUCUGACUCAGGGGUGUACCACACUGAGCUCCAGAACAUGUCUGGAGAGGUAUACCACGACUUCCACGUGUGUGUGGCAGAUUUUCCGCGGCCACCCACAAAGCCACAGGAGGAGGUCACCAACACGGUGACUCUGACCUGGAACCACAGCCCCGACCUUCAGGAGGGCGGCGAGGUCCACUACGCCAUCAUGGAGCGGGAUGCCAGCACCGCCACCUGGCUCAAGGCGGUCGACCGCGUCUUCAGCAACAAGUACACGGUGACCGACUCGCUCCUCGGCAGGAAGUACUACUUCUGAGUGCUGGCCCAGAACGCAGCGGUGACUCCAACGAUACCUGCCUGGCUUGUCAGCAAGGACAGAAUCGAGGACCUGAGCACCAAGCUGAAGCCGUACCAGCAGAAGGACUGGCGCCACGUGCUGCGCGGCCAGGACUGCACCGUGACCCGCGCCUUCCUGGGGAACCCGCGGCCCACCAUCACCCUCUACAAGGGCCACGUCAACAUCACAGCCAACUCACGGUUCUGGUACAUCUCCACUAGCAGCGUGUGCACCAUCGUCAUCCCCACCUGCACGCUCAAGGACAGCGGCGAGUACUGCGUGCUGGUGGAGAAUAAGCUGGGCAAGGACUGCAGCAGCUGCAAGCUUACGGUCUACGACAAAGACGACAAGUCAGUUCUAGCAUCUGUCACUGAGAGUCUGCAGAAGAAAUCAAAGUACCUCAUGUGA